GGCCGCCUUCCUCGGGCCCGCCACCGUCCAGCCGCGCUCGACGGGCCGCCAUGCGCCUGCCCCGGGCCGCCUCCCCCUGCGGCCUGGCAUGGGCACCCCUCGUCCUGGGCCUCUGUGCUUUCCUGGCCGCCUCCUCCUAUUCCUACUCCCUGGCGCCGGUGAAGAAGAUGCUCCCCUACCCCUCGGAGGACACAGACUGCCAGGACCCGGAGAAGGAGUACUACCUGUUCGAGCAUGGGCUAUGCUGUUCCCGCUGCCCGCCAGGCCAACACGUCGCAGUCCCGUGUAUGGGCAACCAGGACACCACCUGCGCCCCGUGCAGCCAGAAUUCCUACAAUGAGAAGUGGAACCACCUUUACUACUGCCAGUUGUGCCGGCCGUGCGACGCCGUGCUGGGCUUCCAGAUGCUUUCGCCUUGCACCAGGCAAAAACAAACUCAAUGCACCUGCCUGCCCGAGAUGGCUUGUGCCACUGAGGACCCCUCCAACUGUAACCACUGCGAGAGUCUGCCCCACUGCAAGCCUGGCACGGAAGCCACCCUGGAAGGUGAAGUCCAAAGCGUGGACAGCUACUGCGUGGCCUGCAAAGCAGGAUUCUUCCAGAAUGACACGUCCCUCAAGGCUCGAUGCAGGCCCCACACCCGAUGUGAGGCCCAUGGCCUAGUGGAGGUAGCGCCGGGCACCGCCACGUCCGACACCAGUUGUGGACAUCCAACAGAGCCCCCCAAGUUAUCAGAGUCUCCUCCAAUGACACCGAUCCCGAAAGGGCCAGAAGACACGCUGCUAUUGGCCAUCCUGCUGCCGCUGGUCUUCUUUCUGUUGCUUAUCAUCGUCUUGGCUUGGAAGAGUCACCCUUCGCUCUGCAGAAAGCUUGGCUCCCUGCUCAAGAGGCGCCCAGAGGGAGGAGAAUCUGCUGCUGUGAAUGAAAGCUGGGAGCCCCAGAGGGCGAACCAGCAUUUCCCUGAUCUGGUAAAGCCACUUCUGCCAUUUUCUGGAGACGUGGCCCCUGCCCUGGCUGGGCCCCCCAUCAUCCCAGAUGUGGAGAAGGAAGUGCCACAACAACGAAUCCCUGAGGACCAGUCCAACGAGCUGGAUACUGAGCCUCCUGACCAAGGUCAAGUGGCUCAUGGUACCAACGGCAUUCAUGUCACUGGUGGGUCUGUGACUGUCACUGGCAACAUCUACAUCUACAAUGGACCAGUCUUAGGGGGCGCACAGGACUCUGGAGAUCCCCCAGCUUCCCCAGAUCCUCCGUACCCUAUUCCAGAAGAGGGGGCCCCGGGCCCUCCUGGCCUCUCCACUCCUUACCAGGAAGAUGGCAAAGCCUGUCACCUGGCUGAAACUGAGACUCUGGGAUAUCACGCCCUCUAACAGGAACUAAGACCCAAUCUGUCACCCAAGCCUGGUGGCAUCUGGGAAAAGCCAGAAGAAAGCGGGGUUUCCCGUGCAUCUUCGCUUUGAGCGGCCUGACCUGCACAGGACCCAGGGCACUUUGGGCAGCCCAAGGAGUCAGUCCUACUGGGAGGGGCUGGGGCUCCACCCCUGUGUGAGAACAGGUUCUGCAGACUGUGACCGAAGCCAGUUGAGCCUGCAUCACAGCCCCUCUCUUCCCAGGCAGGGUGCUGUGCCAGCUAUGCUUCAGGUGCCCUCAAGCCCAAGACACUAGCUGCCACCCACCAUUGGCACUCUACACCCCAAGCAUGCUACAGGAGAGAGCCUGCUGACCGGCCACUUGGGAGGACACCCUUGGGGCCUCCGGCAGAUUCCUGGUGCUCAUGCCCAAGCUUCUGAGAGCCUCCAGGCACCCACACUUCCCCUGGACAGAGAUGAACCCCAGAUGAUGAAGAUGGAGUGUCACUGAAGAUCUCCCGUUUCCCACGGAGCAAAGGGAGUCACAAUGGAGCAUUGGAGAGGCAGGGGUGUGUGGGCAUGAGGGAAAGUUCUGGAGGAAAAAAAAAGCAAGUGUAUUUACAAAAUGUAACCACAUGCAAAUAAAGAGGAUUUGAGAUAAA